CCCCUGGGCAGUAACUGUGAGGUGAAAAUCUUUUGGUAACCCACUUCUCUGAAUCCAUUUUGCAUUUAUAUUCGAAAAAGGGUCACAAGAGAACUGAGGUCUUGUUUGGUGAAGCUUGGUGCCUGUGUUCGCAAGUGUGACAGGACACUAGACAUCCUCUGCCAUGGCGUCUGUGACAUCUUCCAGCCGCAGAUCCUCCUCGUCCUACCGCUCCUCGUCACGUUACAGCAGCUCCAGCUCUUACCGGUCAGAGGGCUCGCUGGGCGGAUCAUCUGAUUGUCUGGACCCGCUCUUUGAGCCGUUCCUUGACUCGCCGGAUCAUUCCAGUCUGUUUGGAGAAGAGGGCCCCGGGGGACCCAGCUGCUUGACCCCCUUCAGCAGGCAGAACAGAUCCUCCUACGGACACACUGCUCCUGUGUGUGGCGCUGUGACAGGUCGUCAGAGUGGCGCAGGCGGCGGGGUCCGUUGUCUUGGAGACAGUUACUACGUGUCCGCUGACGUCAGCCAGUUUGAGCCACAUGACAUCGUGCUGAUGGCCUUCAAACAUCAGGUCGUCAUCCACGCAGAGAAGGUAUUGGAUGAUGGAAGCAUCAGCGACACAUUCACCCAUAAGUCCCUGUUCCCGGAGGAUAUGGACCCCCUGUCGGUCAGUGGAACCCUUAACCCAGACGGUACCCUGGUGGUGAGCGUCCGGCGGACGUCAGCGCUCAGUGGGCUGGAGCCCCCGGGUGUUCCCACCUACCGCAGCGAAGCUAAUCUUUGACGUCUGGUCUCAAAGUUCUUUCAUGGUUUCUUUGUAAUAUUACUACUUUAUUAUAGAGUUGUCAGUGAGGUACACUCACACAUCGAGUCAACAAUGGAUUCUGUGAAUGACAAAUGAUUUCUGUCCUCCACGUCUGUCCAUCUGUUUGUCCAACACAUUGAUAACAAUGCUCAACACAUUGCCAUGACAUUUAAUGUUCGUAUGAAUGUAUUAUAGAUAGAGGAAGUACAUUUAUUUAAAGAAAAUUAAAUAAAAUAAAUCUGUGGGUUUAGUUAGUGGAGGGUUUUCGUGUAGAAAUGUUUCCAUCAUACGAUCCCAUUUUUUGCUACUACCACUAGGGGGUGCCAAAGUCAGAAAUGUACAAUUCCUCCACACAGUGCCUUUAAUUUUUUAAUGUGCAAGCUAAUCACAGACUACUGGAACACUCUGAAAGUGAGAAACUCAGUUCAGCUCACAGGUUCAUACUCUAUCAUUAUAUUUGACUAAUGCAAUUCAUUGUGUUCGUGUGAACUUUGUAUUCUAAAGCCAAGUUUCUUAAAUAAAUUAUACCG